UGAUAAAUACUUACCAAAUAAAAUAUUUGUUUGUCAGUCUUUUUUCUAGCACAGCUGGAUUUUUAUUUGUACUGUAAAUCAUAUUUAUUGUAAUCAUUUAAUAAAACUGUGGCUGAAUGAACUUACAUAGAAAACUGUCAAUGCAAUACAGAGUUGAAGAAAGCAAAGGUUUCCUACAGUUACAACAGUGCAAAAGGGAAUACCUGAAGUUGAAGACCAAUAUUCACCAUGGAUAAGAGACAGAAAUCCACUCUACGCAGUCAGCACAUCAGAAUUGCAGAUGAACUGAUCUUAGAUGAGGAUUUCUAUGCUGCUCUACGAAGGGAUAAAAUUUUCACUAAUGGAAUGCUUGAUUUAAUUAAGGAUGAGGCAAAACCUAGAGAUCGGGUGUAUAAAAUGCUAGAAUUACUGGAGAAAAGAGGGCCAACAGCUUUUGAGAACUUUGUGUGGAUUCUGAAAGAAAAUUAUGAAUGGCUGGCAAAAGAAUUAGAAGAUCAGUAUAACAAAAGACUUCAGCAAAGUCAACAAGAGAGAGACAAACAUGAUCAAAGAUCUGUCCAGUAUGAAACCCAUCCAAAAUACUUCAGCCAAGACAACUACAACAGAGUUGAACAAUACUGCAACACAAACAACAGGGCAGUUUCCACCACUACCCACCACCAGAGAGCAAGGCAUACAAUAAUACCUACACAGGAAUCUGUCUCAGCUGGCUACUAUUACAACAAAGAUUCCCAGCAAUUCUUCCCCACACCUGGCUAUAACCUUGCUGUGGUUCCACAAAAUCAUUCCCAACAGCAGCCGCAGGAUGCGGGCCUUACUGACUCAGAACCACAGAGAAAGCAAUACAAAGAUGCAUGUAUGAGUCCUAUUGGUAUAAUAGAGUCUCCUAGAAAAUCAGUACAUGCAGCAAGUGGUCCAAAGGAGUCGAAAAAUGAUAGACAUGACACUCAAAGUGAAGCAGAGUCAUGUGAUCAAGGCUUUGAUGAAAUCAAGAGUCAAACAGCUACUGUAACAACAUUAACAAAUGAUGAUGCUGAAAGUCAAAUCACAAGUACAACUGAAGCAAGAAGUGAGGGAUUUGAAAAUACUGAUACAGUUGAUGGACCAGAGGAUGUUAAUGUAGGCUUGAAUGAGAAUGAUGAAGAGUUCCCAACAGGUGAGGUUUACUACGACUGUGUAAGAAGAGGAAGUUCUCGUUUCUCACACUUUGAUGAAGAAGUUUUUCAACCUGAAUUAGGUAUGCAUGAUGAUGAAAAUGAUAUGUCCAGGUCUGAAAUAUCUUUUGAACACACUGAGGCUUUUCAAAUUCAGAUGGAAGCAAUGAGGAAUAUGUACAUCAAACUUCUUGGCGUAACUUUUGAAAAUGAGGACACAGGUGACAUUGAUGAUAAUGAAGUCACUUGGGAAAUGAUAGAUUGUGAAAUGGACAGACUUAUAUACAGGUUGAAAAAUUCUGAUGACAUGAAAAUGAUCAGGAAGUGCUAUGAUCUUUUUCCUGAGAAAGAAAGAAAGCAGCCACUUAACAUGUGCAUUGAGAGUGUAUUAGCUGACAAAAAAGAACUUGACAACAAACAUAGAGAUAAACAACAGGAAAUUGAACAGAUGGUAUCUGAAUUGUGGAAGCACCAACAAGAUAUGAGCAAUUUCAAAAAGCUACAGAAAAGGCUAACUGAUAAGGAAACUGAAUACAAUAACCUUAAAACAUCAUUAGACAAUCUGGAAAAGGAUGCUGACACUAAAUUUAAACAGAUAGCAGAAAAGGAUGCAAGGAUUGAAGCACUUGAAACAAAAGUAAAAGAAUUACAAGGUGACCAAAUGAGGAAACUUGGAAUGCCAACAAGAAGGGGGGCACCAAAUCAAAGACGGGUGUCCAAUACACAGGGACAGUCUCCAAGAAGACAGUCCACUAAUUACACCGAACCAAGGAUGUCUCUUAUGCAAGGUGCUUAUGGAAAUGGUCAUCAAUCCCCUAGAAAUAUUACAACAGCAAUGAGAAGGGCAACUAGCAACAGGAGAUAGUAAACUUAAGUAUUUGAGUACUAGACAAGUGACUCUUUCCUGUUUGUGGAGCUAAUAUGCCUAGGAACUGCAUUUUAAAUGAACUAGAAAACUAUCUGAGGAGGACCAAAAACCUAGUAUUAAUGACUCAAAAUACAAACAAAAGACCUUUCAAUUUUGAAAGGUGUUCACAUGAACCAUUUUCAUUAAGACAUAAUCAUCUUCUUGCCAAUGUGAGAGCAUAAGAAACAUUAUGUUAUCAUCUUAAGUGCUUUAGUAAACAUGUUUAAUCUAUGCUUGUCCCUGGAAUAGUUUUGGAUAUCAAAAUAUAUUUUUAUAGGGGAGCUUGGAAUAAAUUAACUCUACCAAAAACCAUCCAUGUUGCUGGAAAUGAUUAAAUACAAACUUUGUUUUAGCAUCAAAUACACAUUAUGAUGGCCUUUAA